AUGGAAGUUGAAUUACGAAGACUUGCAUUAACAUGUAUUGAGAAGAAUAUAACAGAAAUACAAGUGGUUGUUAUUGUUCUCACUCGUGAACUUGCCUUCAAGGUAGCAAGACAAUUAAACGAGGAUACAGGAGAAAAGAAAUGUGUACCAUGUAUCAGUGAUCGAAGAUUUGAAGUACAAGCGGAAGAAAUAAGGCAACAACAUUUACCUAUUGUGGUUGGUACACUAGGAAGGAUCGAAUUACUUUUUUUUCGAAAUAUAUUAAAGCCAAUAUUUAUCAAACAAUUAUUCAUUCUCGAUUCUAUUGCAAUGGUUAAUUUUCCACUCAAAAGAUCAUUAGAACGAGUGCUGGGCUUUGUUCAAAAACAUAUUCAUAUAACGUUGCAUUUACCACCCAGUACUUCAAUUGUAAGUCAAAUAAAAAACUUCAUUGGAAAUGUCUCUUGUUAUGGCAUACAUCCAGAUCUUAUUGAAGCGAAUCAUUUUGCGCUCUAUGUUUCGGAUGAGAUGCGGAAAAUGGAUACACUAUGUGAUUUAUGUCGAAUAAAUACAUCAGUGCCUAUACUUAUUUGCUGUAGCAUGCAAGGAACUACAUUAGCCAAUGCAAAAAUAUUGAGAGCACAAAAUUUACCAGUAGUUACACUGACUAGUGAAAUGUCAUCGAACGAUAUCCGCAUUGCUAUAGACAUAUUUGAAUUCCGUCAAGUGCGUAUUAUGAUAGCAACAGGAUAUGUUCGCGGUUUGAUUGAUUUGAAAACACCAAUGAUUAUCAUCAAUUAUGAUUUACCGAAACCUGAUGCAUAUGCUCGAAGGGUCAACUUUACAGGUGAACCCUGGAUUGCGAAGCAUACCGUCUUUAUAUCACUGAUUAAAAUGGUUGAAAGACAGAAACUAUGUCAGUUAAAAGAAAAACUUGGCUUACGAUGGAUCCUGGUGUAUCCAGAUUGA